GCUUCUGUCUAAGCUUACAUUAAUACAGAUAUUAGCUGUUGCUGCCUUUUGAUGGAUGUUUUGUUGCUUAAAAGAAACAUUAAGCACGUGCACUGGUACUGUGAGAUUAGUGAGUCAUCGUCAUAGGAGGCUGCUUAUGUUUGCCCUGCAGUGCAAUACGGUUCUGAGUUUCCUGCACCUUCCAUCAUGUCCAGUCAUCUAAUAUAAUGCAUCAAUCAUCUUAUAAGUCAGCUAUAAACAUGACCCAUUAAAAUUGAAGCAAACAAGGAUGUUGCUACAAUGCUAUUCUCAACUGUCCCUAUUUUUGUGUUGAGGGGUUACCCAUGAUUUCAGGAUUGAGAUCCCUACAGUUCAUGACCUCAACAUGAACUCCCACCCCUCCUCCCUCUCUCACAACACUCAGACAUGAACGCAUGGAAAUGCAUAUUUAUCUCUUCCCUUCUUCCCUGGUAUACAUUGCCCUUAUAUCAUACUCUUUUCUUGAGGUCACUUGUGGGGCUGAUGAUGGGAAGCUAAGUAACAAGAUGCUUUAAAUUAAGUUUUUCAAUUAAAUUGCCAGGACAAGAAAAUUGUUGAACAUAGAUUUGAUAGCUUGGUGAUGUCAUUAUCUGUAAUUGAUUAUUGACCUGGUUGGCUGGGUACAGAUUGGUCCAUAACCUUAUGGGUGCACAGCUUGAGUGAGACCUGUGAUGACAGAGCGUCAUGGUGGAUGCUUCUAUAGGCACUCUUGGUUUGUCUCAAGGCCCUUAUCCUUUUCCCCUGCUAUGGAAGGCACAUCAGCUGCAAGGGAUAGUGGUGGCUCAACUUCAUCCAGGUCGGACAGUAGUGAUUACGAGUCUGUGGCCAAGACACAUCACUCUCAUCGUAAUUUUUCAAGUCGCCGUUGCUUUAUGUCAAAACCUGUUCACCCAUUGACCCUUCCAUCUGACACACCUAGAAGAGAAGCUACUGACAGCAAUGCUGCUGGGUAUUUGGAAUUUGAUGCUUGUAGUGUCGAUCUCACUGAUGUUUCUGAGCCAUUUGAAGCUGAUUUUUCAAGUAGAUAUUGUAAUCCAUCAGAUAGUUUCAAAUGUGGAUUGUGUGAGAGGCUUCUUUCACAGAGAUCUCCUUGGAGUUCUCGACGUAUUGUGAGAAGCGGAGACAUGCCUGUUGCUGGGGUUCUUUCAUGCUGCCAUGUAUUCCAUGCUGAAUGCUUGGAGCAAACCACCCCAAAGGCCAACAAAAAUGACCCCCCUUGCCCAAUCUGUGCCAAAGUUGAAGAGGAGAAUUCUCCAGAUCAGCGGGUCUUUUCUAAGUUCUUCCCUAGGCUUAGGCCUUUCUGCGAAGAUGGACCAUCAAGGCCAUGGGGUUGCGCACAGGCAGGAGAUUGUGUUGAAGGUGCUUUGCAUGCACCUUCCCGCAGUACCAUGUUGUCACUUACUCGGAGUCGGAUUAAAAAGAAUCUCUCGUUGAAGGGUAAUGUAGGCAGAGACUUUCCCGGAAGGCGAGGAAAAGUGGCUCAUUUGCCUCACAGUUAUUUGUUGGUUCAGUUGACCAUGGAGUCGCUGUUCGUCCGAGACAGUUUCUGGCACAAGUGUGAAGUGAAACCAGAAGAGUGUGUCUGA